UGCAGGGAGGCAACAUAGAGCUGCUCUGCUCCGGGUCCAGGAAGGGGCUGGGGGAAGGAUAGAGAGAGGAGAGAGACAGAAAGGGAGAAGAGAUGGACUGGAUGGAAUUUACAGUGGCAGCAGUAAAACGUUGUGGUGAAAUUCUCUGAGUUAUGAAACAAGGAAAGAGGUACAUGGAACAGCAUCUUCAGAGCCCCACAACUGGAGGAAAGCAGGAACAAAACACUAUGAACCAUUGUUGAUAAUGAGAGGGUGGAGCUGAGGUAAGAAAAAUGACUGUAACGUAAUGAACACUGUGAGUAGGAAGACAGUCGUGUUCCAGAAGGAUUACAGAAAGCAACUACCGAUGCUUUAGAGUGAUGACAGAAGCAGACUUUGAUCUUUAUUAUUAAUGUGGAUGAGAUUUCCCUGAGGAAUUAAGUAGAAGAUAUAUACAGUUCAUACAGAGAGAGAGAGAGAGAGAGAGAGAGAAUGGCAGAUCUCACACCAACACAAAUCAGCUGGCAUCCUAAAGCCAACACUAGCGCACACCAUACUGACAGAUAUACCCAUGCAGAGCUGAUUGUGAGGAGAGGGCAAGGCUUCAUCAUCACCCUGUGGUUCAACAGGCCAUGGCAGACGGGGGACAACUUAGCAUUCGUCACAGAAAUAGGGCCAGCCCCUUCAGAGGCACAUCACACCAAGGCCAUCUUUAACCUCUCUGAGGCGGGGGCUAGUGGCUGGACUGCAGUUCAAGGACCCAGUGAGUCCAGCUACAUGAAUUUCUCAAUAUCCAGCCCAGCUAAUGCAGUCAUUGGACGUUACAAACUGAGCCUCCAGAUCACCUCUGGCAACAAGGUCUCCUCCAAGUUCCUGGGGCACUUUGUACUGCUCUUUAACCCUUGGUGUUCAGGUGAUGAUGUCCACAUAGCUAACGAAGAUGCAAGACAGGAAUAUGUUCUGGAUGAAAAUGGAAUCAUCUUUAUCGGAAAUGCCAACUAUAUUGAAGCUAGAGGAUGGUACUACGGGCAGUUCCAAGAUGAUAUUCUAAAUAUCUGCCUUACUAUGCUGGAUCUGAGCCUGUACUGUCGUCAGGACCCAGUCACUGAUAUGUUCCGCAGAGGAGAUCCUAAAUAUGUGGGGCGGGUGAUCAGUUCAAUGAUCAACGGGAAUGAUAAUGAUAACGGGGUGCUGGAGGGAAGCUGGAAUGACAGUUUUGCUGAGCAUGAAAACCCAUCCAGAUGGAAUGGUAGUAUGGUGAUCCUCAAGAAGUGGUAUCAAGAGAAUUACAAGCCUGUCCAGUAUGGCCAGUGCUGGGUUUUUGCAGGCGUGAUGUGCACAGUCAUGAGAUGUUUGGGGAUUCCAACUCGUUUGAUUUCAAACUUUAAUUCUGCCCAUGAUGCGGAUGGAAACCUGAGUAUUGAUAAAUACUAUGACAGUGCUGGAAAGAGCCUUAACAUCAGCAGAGACUCCUCAUGGGAUUAUCAUGUCUGGAACGAAGCUUGGUUCAGUCGAAGAGACUUGGGAACACCAUACAGUGGAUGGCAGGUUCUAGAUUCAACUCCACAAGAGCAAAGCAAAGGGAUAUUUCAGUGUGGUCCUGCUUCCGUCAGAGCCAUCAAAGAAGGUGAUGUAGACUUGGACUAUGACACUCUAUUUGUGUUUACGGAGGUGAAUGCUGACUGCAACCAGUGGAUAGUCUACAAAGAUGGAACCAGGAAAAAAGUGUAUUGUGACACUGAGAGAAUUGGCAAAGCCAUCAGCACCAAAGCUGUGGGCAGCAAUUCCCGUGUGGAUGUCACUAACAAUUAUAAAUAUCCAGAAGGCUCUCACAAGGAAAGAGAAGUGUAUAAAAAGGCCUGUGCCAAGGCACGUGGAUCAAACCUCACAGAAAGGCUCUCAGAAGCUCCUAAUGAGGGAUCAUCAGAAACAGUUAGAAAACCUGAAGUCUCUGGAGUAUUCAAGCUAGUUGAACCCCCUGUGUUUGGCAAAGAUAUCAACCUAAUCUUAAUUCUCACCAACCUGUCCUCUGAAUAUAAACCUGUAAAGGUGAACCUGAGUGCAUCAACCAUCCUGUACACAAGGAGAGCGGUGGCAGAGAUCUUGCAGGCAGCCACAUCUGUUGAUCUUGGUUCUAAAGAAGAGAAACAGAUUCAGUUAAAGAUCUCUUAUGCCCAGUAUGAAAAGUCCCUGACUGAUGAUAAAAAGAUCUUAGUGACUGCCUUGUGUGAAGUCAUGCACACACAGGAGGCAAAGAUGUUGGUGGAGAAGACCAUCACUUUAGAGACUCCAACCAUCUUCAUCAAGAUUCCUGCACAGGUUGUGGUGAACAAGCCUGUUACUGUAGAGAUCUCGUAUGCCAAUCCUCUCCCGGAGCCAGUGAAGGACUGUGUGGUGCUGGUGAAACUGAUGAAUCAAGAGAUCAAAAUAGAUGUGGCAGCACUGGCACCCAGGGAGCGAUCACAGAUUUACUUUGAAUUCACACCCCACAGAAGCGGUGUGAUGCAGCUGCAGGUGGACUUCUCUUGUGACAAGUUUGCCUAUGUUAAGGGCUUUGAGACCAUCAAUGUGGCCCUCGGUCAGUGAUUCAGUUGCGAUAGCUGUAAUGUCUCUGAUCACUGAGCCAAUCCCCUAUUUCUGCACUAGAAUUAAAAAGCAUUUUUCCCUGCACAAUGAUAGUUAUGACUGUAAAUUAGUACAUUUUCAUUCUGAAUGUCCCAGG